CACUGCUGGGGGCCACAAUGACUCCACGAGCUUAAUUCAUGCGCACGGGUCUCGCGCAAAAGGAAAUCGCGCGUGCACGCGCAAACCCGCCACUCACACAGAGGGGGUGGGGGGAGUUGAGGGCACAAAAGCAGAGUGGCCCCGCCCUCCCUGUGACACCCGCGGCCCUCUCAUUGGCUCGCCAUUGUUCGGGCGGAGCGCUGCGAAACAGCAGCUGCGGGCAGGGAGAGCGGGCGCCGUGUCUCGCCGGAGACGGUCGCUGCGUCGGUUCAUCGCGGGGAAAACAACCGUCGAACACGCGUCGCGCGGUUCACCCUCUGAGAGAUUCUUUCUUUUCUUUUCUUUUCUUUUUUUUUACUUGCACCUUUAGACAGCAGCAAGAAUUCUGCAUGCAAAACAUUCUCUCUCUUUUUUCCUUCCGUUUUUUUACGCAUGGAUGGAGAGGCGCAGGUAGACGGACACGGGCGCCGCUGAAGGGACACUUCGCGUGAAGUUUCGGAGGGGGGUGUCUUCCCACGUCCCAGAGAUCAUGGCGGCCGGCACCCACUCCCCCGGUGGGCCCAAUGGCAUAAUCCGGAGUCAGUCCUUCGCUGGCUUCAGCACGCUGCAAGAACGCCGCUCGCGGUGCAACUCCUUCAUGGGGAACUCUGCAGUGCAGAAGAAGCCCCAGUCCAAGCCCAAGAAGCCUCACCUGUCAGGACACAAGGGAGGCAGCAGCUCCAGAGACCCGCAGCCCAAAAGACUGGAGGAGGUUUACACCGCACUCAGACAAGGCCUGGAUGAGUAUCUGGAAGUUCAUCAAACAGAGCUGGACAAACUCAUGUCUCUGAUGAAGGACAUGAAGAGGAACUCUCGCCUGGGAGUGCUGUACGAUCUUGACAAGCAAAUCAAAACCAUUGAGCGGUACAUGAGACGUCUGGAGUUUCACAUGAGCAAGGUGGAUGAGCUGUACGAGGCGUUCUGCAUCCAGAGCCGUCUGAGGGAAGGCGCCAGCCGAAUGAAGCAGGCCUUCUCCUCCUCUCCCUCCACGAAAGGCACCAAGGAGAGCAUCGCAGAGGUCAACCGUCGGUACAAGGAAUACACUGAGAACAUGAGCACAUUCGAGGGGGAACUGGAGAACCUGCUUGGGGAGUUUCAUAUCAAAAUGAAAGGAUUGGCAGGCUUUGCAAGACUCUGUCCAGGAGACCAGUAUGAGAUCUUCAUGCGUUACGGUCGUCAGAGGUGGAAGCUGAAGGGGAGGAUUGAAGUGAACUCCAGACAGAGUUGGGAUGGAGACGAGAUGAUCUUCAUGCCUCUCAUCACUGACCUCAUCAACAUCAAGGUGACCGAGCUUAAGGGCCUGGCCAAUCACAUGCUGGUGGGCAGUGUGAUCUGCGAGACCAAGGAGCUGUUUACCGCCAUGCCUCAGGUGGUGGCUGUGGACGUCAACGACCUGGGGACCAUUAAACUCAACCUGGAGGUCACGUGGUACCCCUUCGAUGUCGAGGAUCUGACUCUGUCGUCGGGCAACGUGAGCAAAGCCACAGCUCUCCAGAGACGGGUGUCGAUAUACAGCCAGGGAACGCCGGAGACGCCCACCUUCCAGGACACCUCCUUCUUUUCCACUUUACCAGAUGAAGUCUUUGAAAAUGGCGGCUGUGGCCUGGCUGAAUGCAAACGUCUCUCCUUCGCCUUCUCCGACACCUCUGGUUCCACGCCCAGCCCCAGCCCCGCCCCAAGCUCCCACUCCCACAGCCAGUCCAACCCAGAGAUCACCGUCACUCCGCCAGAAACAGAACCAUUACCUACACAAAUCCUCCCUACAAGAGAGGACUCCAUCGCAGAGGAGCAUUUAGUGGAGGAAGAGGAGGAGGAAUAUGAAGAGGAUGGGGAGACGGGUAGUAGAGGAAGUAGGGGCACCAGUGGCAGCCUCGCCAGUGAUGAAGCUGACGUGGCAGAGGACUCGGAGUGGGAGCGCACAGAGUCCCAGCGAAAUUCUGGUUCCAACUGUGGUUCAGCUGCCCUGUCCUUGUGUUCUGACGGCCACCUGUCUACAGUGGCUCCAGAAGAUGUUUUCCUGGAUCAUGCUGACGAACUGAAACCUGUAGAACUGGACACGGAGGAGGCCGGAAGCCUGACCCGGCAGCUUGUGAAAAGGCUGACGUCUUCUGAAAUCAUGCCACCCGUCGGGAGCUCUACUGAGGGUGGAGGGAGCCUGAGCUGGGCCGGAGAGGGGAGCAGGGCCUUCCUGGAGAGCAGCCUGGAGGAGGCCAUCCACAGCCUGCUGAUGAGGCUGGAGUCACUGACUCACCGCUGCCGAGAACUGCAGGACCUGGAACAGGAAGUGAUGCGCCUGGAGGACCUGCUCAAGUGUCGUCUCCCGGGCCACAGGAGCCGAUCAUCCAGCCUCAGCCUGACGGUGGAGAGCGCCCUGGAGAGCUUUGACUUCCUCAACACGUCUGACUUCGAUGACGAGGACACUGGAGACGACAGUGCCGUCCUCGGCAUCCCCCCACAGAGGUCUCCGCUUUUUGAUGCAGAUGGAGAGAGGAUCGGGGGCCAGCAUCCAGAGGCCAGAGGACACCUGAGCGAAGCCCUGACAGAAGACACCGGGGUGGGCAACAGCGUUGCCGGAAGCCCCCUGCCACUUACAACUGGAAACGAGAACCUGGACGUGGCCAUCGUCAUCCACCUGCAGUACUGUAAUCACCUCAUACAGUUGUUGACGAACGGGGCAGGGGGGUGGCAGCGUCGCAGUCUGCUCCUCAAACUGUCGGCACAGACUCAGCUGUUAGAAGAACUGGCAGAGAUCAGUGUGGACAGACUUGGAGCGAUUACAUCUGCCGCCGAUGUUCUCCCGGGCCUCGCAGAGCGCCCAGAGCUGAUGACUCUGUGGUCCGAGUGCAGCGGGUCUGCAGGACUUUUCCACACCACACUGGACAGAGUGUUCAAACACAUGAACCAGCUCUACACAACAGUGCUGCAGGAGAGACACCCACACAGCGCUGACACGGUGAUUGGUGUCGUAGUGGGUGAGAUGGUUGACAGGAGCGACCUGGUGACUUCACAAAGUCCUCCUGCCGCUGCUCUGUCCCAGGACGUCCUGACCGUGUUUCAGUUCCACAACUACAUCCUGCAACAUGAGGUUCAGGACAUGGAGACACACCUGCUCCACCUGGCCAGAGAAGACGUGUUCGUGGAGGCUCUGUGCAGUGGGGACCAUUCUCGGUGUCUCGCGGAGCUGGAGGUGGUGCCUGUGUCGUCCCUGUGGCCUAAAAACUGCACCCUCGGGGCCCUGGCCUCCCUGCUCACUGCAGACGACCCUCAGGUCAACAAGGUCGCAGCUGACUACCUCUCCUCUGGGGCAUCGCACGGCUACUUCAGGACCAGGGCUGUGGAGUGCUACACCCAGGCCCUGUCGGAGGCUGGAGGUCAGAGCCAGAGGGCGGCUUGUUCAGCUCUCAGCCGUCUGCAGGCUGUGGAGAGCAUCAAGGCGGUGGUGGCGCUGUGCGAUUCAGCUGAUGAGGAGCUUCGCCACGUCGCCAUAGAAACACUGCUCACAUUUGGUGAGGAGGGACGACUGGCAUAUGAGCAGCUGGACACUGUGCCGGGGGAAAUGAUCCGUCUGGGCACAAGACGAGGAAACGCCGUCACCACGGCCUUCUGAGACGUCGCUCCACUUCCGAAGAGAUGACGCAUCACACAUCCGAGGACAGCAACGCCUCCUCGGCGUGACGCCGCGCUGCACACCAUGCCACCUGGGCUGUUGAUUAUUGAUCAGUUUAUUGAUCUGCUUAUCGGAAGACACUAAAGGAUCUGCACCCCCGUCUGAUUGGAUCACUGUUCUUACUGAUACUGCCUCCUAAAAGGAACUAACACCAAACAGAUUGUCUUAACCACCAAGACACACAACCUAUACCCCUCCUGCAUACGAAAACGCACGCACACACACACACACACACACACACACACGCAAUGCUUGUUCCAUCACCCCACUCCCGCACACCCCCCUCCCUGCUUUCUGAGCCAGGCACACAGGUCACAUUAAGUUUGAACUUGAGCACAGAUUUGACUGGACACAAAACCAGUGAAAGCUACAAAACAGACUGGAAAACUGGAAACUAACCAACGCAUCUUCACACUGCACACAACCUGUCGACUCACUACCCAACAAUGCACAACUUAUUCACUGGUUAACUAUCACCCUUUGCUGUUGCAGUGUCAGUUGUGUCACGCAAUAUAAUAACUAUGAUCUUUGUGUUAUCACUGUCUAUCUCAAGUUCCAGUUGCAUCAGAGAUGUCUUUGACGCUUUCAGAAGAUUUGCACUGUUGUAAUGCGUGUAAAUAUGGCAUAUAUAUUUACACAGCCGGUGUAAUAUUUAUGUACGGUUCUAUUCAAAAUGUAUUUUUCAGUUGUUUUCUAGUACGUUCCAUUUUGAGUUUCAGGGAUUCUCCUUUGGUCAAAGGUUUGUUUUGUGGUGGGUAGUACCACUGAUGAGAUGAGAGAGUGAGGUAAAGUGGUGAAGGAGCAGUUUACAGUGCCGAGACAGAUUUGACCUCAGUCGUGUUUUAAUCGUGGAGAAAAAGGACAAAAUUCGGAUAGUGAGAGAUAGCUGAGAGUGAACCUAGGGCGCUGAGUUUUUUCUCAUACUUGCAGUCGAACAAGUGCAAUUUUUCUGUACAUAGCUGACACAAGAAGACAUUUGCUAACGUCAGCCUUUUGACCAUCUGAGCCUUGAUGUGGUCGAGCAGGCGGGUUCCACAAAAACUGCUCUUUUGUAAAUGUAUUUUUCCUACCAGGUACGGAGCCAGUCGAUGGCAAUAAAUUUUAAGUUCAAGGAGCCUGAGAAUGCACUUUCUCAGUAACCGUACAGGCCUGAUCAUCCUUUAGGGCAUAGUACAGGUGUUGCCUUGGUUCUGGCUAAAUGCACAUUCAUACAGUAUGUGAGCGAAUAGCAGGACGAGGAACGAAGCUUUUUCUACGAGGAAGGUGCAGAUUGAAGUUUUCUGUUUGGUUCGUCUCGGGUCUCCUUAGUUUCCCUGCAUCCUGACCCAGGAACGCUGACCCGAGUUCUUAAUCUAAUUUUGACUUUUUCUCAUUGUAACUGUACUACUGAGUCCAGUGAGACAUUAAAACUUACAUUUGUUGUCACAUCUUAUUUAUUAUUUACUCCUUGUUAUUUUAAUAUGCUUUGGAAGUUUAACUGUUAUAGUGCAGGUGACAUUAUGUAAAUAUUUGUUCUAUUUUGAAUCAGGUCUAGGAUUUGAAAUAUAGUUGGUUUAAUAAAGGUCGCCAUGUUAUUACCAUGCAACGGAUCGUAUGCUUAACUUAAAAUUGGAGUUUAUUUUGAAAUAAUUAUAUUAUAUUGAUUAUUAUUUUGGAGAGAUUUGCGCAUAGUCUAAUAGUGUUAUAGAUUUCUUUUCCCUAAUUGGUCCCAAACAAAAUGGGAUAUUAUAUAUAGGAAAUAUUUCUUUAUGACUUAGAAUUACUGUAACCAAAGGAAGAAUUCAUUUUAAAAUUGUCCUUUAUUAAAAUCUCAUAAUUCAUCUUGGAGAAUGUAUUUUCAAUACAACAUUGGCAUUUUGGCCAGGAUGCUCACUUUUCUUUAGAAGCACAACUUAAAAAACGAGACAAACCCAUGACAUAUGAAUCUAGCUACAUUAGUCCAAAAGCCAUAUUGAUUAAAAACAGGUGGUAAUAUUUCUAUGAAAUGUAUUUUUUCUUUUGUAUUAUCUGUAAAUGUGUGAAGUUACUAAAUCUGACUUUUUUUUUCUAUACAACCUUUUGCAAAACAUGGUCCAUGUUUUUAGUACAGUUACAGUAUUUUGAUCUAGUAUCUAAUUCACCCACUCAUUCAGUGUUGAUUUUGUCUUUUUACAAACUUGGUUAAAGUGUUACAAAGUUGAUUUGAAUGAUCGUUUCCUAAUCACUAAAGUACAAGUUGGCAAAAAUGUGCAUGUUUAAUCAUCAGGAAACUGCUUUUAAGAAUAACUUUGUACACUUUUGUUUAAAAAUUGAUCUUGAUCCAUCUCUGGUCAGUAGCUUCUGUACUCAUCCGGUUAGUUGCAUACUAUUCUCCAUUGUGGUUAGCAGCGUUUACUCUGCUCAUCAGAAGUUGCAAUAAAUUUUAUUUUUGCAUAAUUGAAA